UGCAAUCUGUUUAGCGCGGGGGCCGGAAACGGAAACCGACGUCUAAGCAGAAGCCAAUGGCGGUCACCUUUCUCUCUCCGGUAACAAACAAGGAAGAACCUCUUCUCUCUAUCUCACUCACUCACUCACUCACUCACUGCAACAGCCUUCGGACUCUCUGGAAAUCGUAACAAUGGAUAUUGUAAUCGAAUCUCCCAAAAGUAGCCCGUUACUUUGGGUGUAGGGUUUCCAAAUACCAAAUCAAUACAUGUUUAGAUCAUCGUCGCAAUGAUUUAUUCAUGGCUCGCUCGCUCCUCUCGCUCUGCAUUUCGUACGAAUGUUAUUUCUGGCAAUCGCUGUGUGAGGAGAGUCGCUUCCGAAGAAUUGUUCUCUCCAAAUGCUUGCACUGAUUGGGGAUUAGGGCUCGUGAGGGGUUAUUUGACUUUGAUUGGAGCUGGGACCGGGAAACUGCCUAUUCCUAAGGCUUGCUUGUCGGAAUUUAAUCCCAUUUUUGCAAAACCUGGGCAUAGGCGGCUUUUCUGUAGUCAAGCUCCAAAGAAAAGAAACUAUGAGAAUUAUUACCCAAAAAACAAGAAAGAAACACCGAGAGAGAACAACCAGAGGUCACAAUCUAAAGAGGAAUCAAGCACUGGUGAUCACAAGAACUUUCAGGAAAACUUCAUGAAACAGUACCAAAGUAUAGUCACGCUUUUGUUUUUUAUUGCUUUUGUGCUCUCAUCAAUUUUUGGAAAUCCUCAUGAGCACAAGCAGAUUAGUUUUCAAGAGUUCAAAAAUAAGCUCCUUGAACCUGGUCUUGUGGAUCACAUUGUUGUUGCAAAUAAGUCUGUUGCAAAAGUCUAUGUGAAGGGCUCCCCAUCUGUUACUGAUCAAACCAAUGAUCAGGUUGUCCAAGUUCCUACAGAUGGUGUGAGCCAAUACAAGUUCUAUUUCAAUAUUGGAAGUGUUGACUCUUUUGAGGAAAAGCUGGAGGAAGCCCAAGAAGCCCUGGGAAUAGACCCUCAUAAUUAUGUUCCUGUAACAUAUGUAUCGCAGAUGAAUUGGUUCCAUGAACUGCUGAGGUUUGCCCCGUCAGCCUUGAUUUUAGUGUCCUCACUAUUCAUAAGACGAAUAAUGCAGGGUAGACCAGGUGUUGGUGGCUCGGGUGGCAAGGGUGCCUGGGGAAUUUUCAACAUGGGAAAAGCAAAUUUUACAAAGAUGGAUAAGAAUUCAAAAAACAAGGUAUAUUUUAAAGAUGUGGCUGGUUGUGAUGAGGCAAAGCAAGAAAUCAUGGAAUUUGUUCACUUCCUCAAGAACCCAAAGAAAUAUGAGGAGCUGGGAGCCAAAAUUCCAAAAGGUGCUCUUCUUGUAGGCCCUCCAGGGACAGGGAAAACACUUCUAGCUAAAGCCACUGCUGGUGAAUCUGGUGUGCCUUUUCUGUCCAUUGCUGGGUCUGAUUUUUUGGAAAUGUUCAUCGGAGUUGGACCAUCAAGGGUCAGGAGCUUGUUUCAAGAAGCAAGGCAAUGUGCUCCUAGCAUAGUUUUCAUUGAUGAGAUAGAUGCGAUUGGUCGAGCAAGAGGGCGUGGGGGAUUUUCACAGGGUAAUAAUGAGCGUGAAAAUACUCUAAAUCAACUGCUUGUGGAAAUGGAUGGUUUUGGAACCACCUCUGGAGUGGUUGUACUAGCUGGCACAAAUAGACCUGAUAUUUUAGAUAAAGCCUUACUGAGACCAGGUCGGUUUGAUCGUCAAAUUACUAUCGAUAAACCUGAUAUAAAAGGUCGUGACCAGAUAUUUCUGAUCUAUCUAAAUAAGUUAAAACUUAAUCAAGAGCCGUCAUAUUACUCUGAGAGACUUGCUGCUCUGACUCCUGGAUUCUCUGGAGCUGACAUUGCAAAUGUUUGUAAUGAAGCUGCUUUAAUUGCUGCAAGGAAUGAGAGUACAGAGAUUAACAUGGAACAUUUUGAGGCUGCUAUAGACCGGGUCAUUGGUGGUUUGGAAAAGAAGAACAGGGUGAUAAGCAAGCUGGAAAGGCGGACUGUUGCUUAUCAUGAAUCCGGUCAUGCUGUUGCUGGUUGGUUCCUGGAAUAUGCAGAGCCAUUACUCAAAGUGACAAUUGUUCCUCGCGGUACAGCAGCUCUUGGGUUUGCUCAGUAUGUUCCUAAUGAAAACCUCUUGAUGACCAAAGAGCAGCUCUUUGAUAUGACAUGCAUGACCCUUGGGGGUCGAGCAGCUGAGCAGGUGUUAUUGGGAAAGAUUUCAACAGGAGCCCAAAAUGACUUGGAGAAAGUGACCAAGAUGACCUAUGCCCAAGUGGCCGUCUAUGGCUUCAGUGACAAGGUGGGUCUUCUUUCCUUUCCCCAAAGGGAUGAUGCAUUUGAGAUGACCAAGCCCUACAGCAGCAAGACUGCUGCAAUCAUUGACAAUGAAGUAAGAGAAUGGCUGGGAAAGGCAUAUGAUCGCACUGUACAGCUGAUAGAGGAACACAAGGAACAUGUUGCUCAAAUUGCAGAGCUUUUGCUUGAGAAGGAGAUUCUACAUCAGGAUGACUUGAUUCGGGUGCUGGGGGAACGCCCAUAUAAGAGCAGCGAGCCUACAAAUUAUGACAGGUUCAAACAAGGGUUUCAAGUAGUGAAACGAGAUGAUAAAGAAACAAAACAGACUCAGGUUGGAACCAUAGAGAAUGAUGGGUCGCCACCUGUGGAACCUGAGGUGGUGCCAGCAUAGUGAAUAAAAACAUUUAAAUUAUUAUUGUAAAUUAAGUACAUUUUUAAGUGUUUUUGUUCUGCCUGCUCCCUCUAUUUGGGGCUUAUGCUAAAUUGUAGAAACCAACUUUUAUCUGCAACUAAUGGUAAAUGCAAUUUCUUCUGCUA